ACCUGGACUCUCUCAUGAGACGGUUCAGACAGGAGAACAUGGAUCAAGACGUAGAAACCCGCGUUCGGGUGAGGAGGAAAGACCCGCUCCACAGCGCUCUGGAGGUGGUGAGGAGUCCGGACUUCUGUUUCAGAACGACACCCAUCGUCUCUUUCAGUGGAGAGGAGACUGACGGCCAUGACGGACCCCUCAGAGAAUUCUUUAGAUUGACUUUGCUGGAGCUGCAGCAAAGUUCUGUGUUUGAGGGUCAUCCUGGGCGUCUGUUCUUCACCUACGAUCUUAAAGCGCUUGAAGACAGGAAGUAUUACGAAGCAGGCGUUCUGAUUGGCUGGUCUCUGACUCAGGGCGGGCCUGGACCCCGUUGUCUACACCCUGCACUCUUCCAGUUGGUAUGUGGCCUGAAGCCUUCUUUGGAGGAGUUCAACUGGAGGGACAUUGUUGAUGCUGAAGCACAAAUCAGGCUGCAACAGAUGCAUAGUUGUACUGAUGUGAAGCUGCUUUCUCCCAGUCUGUGUGACUGGGUUGCAAGCUCUGGGAUCCCUGGAAUCUAUUUGGCACAAUCGGAGGAACUACCAUCCAUCUACGUCCGCCUGGUCAAACAUUACAUCUACUACAGGGUGGCCAGUAUGAUCUCCCAGUUCACAGAGGGUCUGAACAGCUGUGGUGGAUUGUGGGAAACGGCACAGUCCAACUGGGAGGAGUUUGUGCCUGUGAUGACGAGCACCCGGCAGCAGCCUCUGACCCUGGAAGAGUUCAAACAGCUUUUCACCAUCUGCUACAGCCGUCCAGACAGCCAGCUGAGGGCCACCGAGGAGGCCACAGCUGGACACUGGGAAACGGUCCUUACGCUGGUCCGCGAUGGUAAGGCAGAUCUGUCCUUUGAAGACCUGCUCGCCUUCAUCACUGGAGAUGAUCAUCUGCCUCCCCUCGGUUUCCCCAAAUUGAUCUCCCUAUGUUUUUACUCCCAGGAUCCUAGCAUAUCAGGUGAGCGGCUCCCUCACUCCUCCACCUGCACUCUCGAGCUCUUCCUGCCGAGAGGAGCAGCAGGGGCUGCAGACCUGUUGGCGCUGCUAAGCAGAGCCCUGCGUGAAGCCCUUGGCUUUACAUGUUUCCACCCAGAAGGAGAGGGUGGCUUCAUAGAUGUGGUGACAAGUUCAUGAAGUGGAUGGAUUAUUGAGGUCCAGCAGAAACUGACUGUGGUGCUCAAAGAUGAAUGUAAAAUAUGAACAUAAGGAAAUGUUUUACAAAGUGAAUGGCAAUUUAUUAAAAAUGUUCAGUUGACAUACUUGUAUUUUCACAUUUUGAAGCAGAUCUGGACAAUUGAU